CGUAUAAUUAAGAAAACAGUUGCAAAAUAUUAUUUUAGCAAAGAUUUAUGUUCAAGGUGGAAGAACUUUUAAAUUGAUAAGGAGCUAUUAUAAAAUGAAGAUGCUGUUAAUACCAUUUCUCGUUACAACAUUGACGUUAAACGCUGGAGCUGUUGACAGAUGUGAGGACAGAUGUACAUCUACUCAAAUAUGUACAGAUGAUGGAAUAUGUGUAAAUAGAACAGACUUAGUAAAAUGUGGUGCAUGGCCUUUGUCGUACUACUGCCACAAGGGGCACGAGUGUUGCGGUUUUAAUGGUUGUAUGCCAGCGGGUGCUGUAUGCUGUGGCAGCAUUUUCUAUUGUCCGAGCGGCCAUACUUGCUGCGAGACGAAGUAUUGUUGCGCAGCAGGAACUUUCUGUGAUGGAAAUGGGAAUUGUGUUUUAGAUAAGUAUUCAACUCGGAAGCCGCCGACAAGAAGAUGGAAUGAAACGAGAACACCUUCUAAAACAGCAAGAACAUUAUAUCCAACAACAAGAACUAGAUGGAAUGAAACGAGAACACCUUCUAAAACAACAAGAACAUUAUAUCCAACAACAAGAACAAAAACACCUUUUCCAAAUAAGACGACAAGAUGGUUUCAUGAUUACACAACCACAAGCUCAUUCCGAAUAUCACAUACAAGUACGUCACGAUGGCUGUAUGGUGUAGUAAUCGGCGGUGUUGUUGUUACUGUGGCAAUCAUCAUCGCUGUUGUCAUAUGGAAUAGCAGAAACUCUGCAUCAAAUGCGCCAUGUCGUUCAGAUACUGGUGGAACGGUGUCAGAUCUAUGGACAUUCACCUUGAAAUACUAGUAACAUGCCUAGACAACCACCAAAAUAAAACGUAACUUUCGUGGUACCCGGAAAAGAUAAAACUAAAGCGGGUCAUUUUUAUUUACGUAGAAAGGUGUAUGACAGUCAGAUAUGUCAUAACAGUAGUGGCAAAAUAUCUCCAUAAUAAGAUUUGCCAGUGUUUCAUAAUACAAGAAAUCCAGUCAGUUACAUGCUAAAUGAAAAGGAUAUAUGUUCUUAUGAUAAAAUGUAUUGUUCAGUAAUGAUAAGUCUGCCAUUUAUAUAUUGCCUCGCUAUAAUAGUGUCUUUCGCAGGUAUUACGACAAUUCAGUAUGAAUACAUACUACAUAUCCUGUAUAAAGCGAUUAUUCCAGACAA